UCCGGGUUUCUGUGAACAUCACAUCAUCAAAGCUCUUUACUUUCUUUACUCUCUCCCUCUCUAUCUUUCCGAGUCCUAAAGACCUGAGAGCAAGAGAUUAUGGAGGAAAGUCAAGAACUUACCUUGACCCAGUUGAGAAAAUCAGUCGAGAAACUCUCUUCUUCCACAGAGGGAUAUGAAGUUCCCACGUUGAUGAGGUUCUUGAUUGCAAGAUCAAUGAAUCCAGACAAGGCAGCAAAGAUGUUUGUAGAUUGGCAAAAAUGGAGAGCCUCCAUGGUCCCUCCAAAUGGGAUUCCAGACUCAGAAGUUAAGGAUGAAUUGGAUUUCAAAAGGAUCUAUCUUCAAGGUCUAACCAAAUCCGGACAACCUUUGGUACUUUGUCAGGUCUCUAAGCAUUUUCCUGCCAAGGAUCCAGUUACCUUCAAGAAGUUUGUUGUUCAUGUGCUAGACAAAACACUCGCAAGUGGUAUCAGAGACAAAGAAGUAGGAGAUGAGAAGUUAGUAGCUGUUAUCGAUCUGUCAAACAUCAGUUACAAGAACCUUGAUGCUCGUGGAUUUAUCACUGGUUUUCAGUUCUUACAAUCUUACUACCCGGAACGCCUUGCAAAAUGCUACAUCUUGCACAUGCCUGGAUUCUUUUUGACCGUUUGGAAAUUCAUCUGCCGUUUUCUAGACAAAGCUACUCAGGAAAAGAUUGUGAUAGUAACAGACGAAGAAGAAGAGAAAAAGUUCAAGGAAGAGAUCGGAGUAGAUGCCUUGCCAGAAGAAUACGGUGGCCAAGCUAAGCUCACACUAAUCCAAGAUGUUCUUCCAAGAUGUUCUUCUUCCUCAGACGUCGGCUCCACAAAUUCACAACCUUUUCUCCAUCGCCGCCGCCUCCGAAACCUCUCUCUCACGGCGGCGACAAUGGCGACACUCACUCAUCAACCCCCAAAUACCCAUUUCCUUCCUCUCAGAGCCAAACCCAGAACCUUCUCCACACGUGUCAAAAUGUCUCUCAACGAAUCCGCACCUUCCCUCGCCGUCGUGGGCGUCACCGGCGCCGUCGGACAAGAAUUCCUCUCCGUCUUAUCCGACCGAGACUUCCCUUACAGCUCCAUCAAAAUGCUCGCUUCCAAACGCUCCGCCGGGAAACACCUCUCCUUCGACGGCCGUAACUACACCGUCGAAGAGCUCACGGCGGAGAGCUUCUCCGGCGUGGAUAUAGCUCUGUUCAGCGCCGGAGGGUCAAUAAGCAAAAAGUUCGGACCUUUAGCGGCGGAGAGAGGAACCAUCGUCGUUGACAACAGCUCUGCUUUUAGAAUGGUUGAGGGAGUUCCGUUGGUGAUACCUGAAGUGAACCCUGAGGCGAUGAGAGGGAUUAGAGUGAAGAGGAUGGUGGUUAGUACUUAUCAAGCAGCUAGUGGUGCAGGUGCUGCAGCUAUGGAAGAGCUGCUGCAACAGACUCGCGAGGUUUUAGCUGGUAAACCGCCGACUUGUAACAUCUUUGAUCAGCAGUAUGCGUUUAACUUGUUUUCUCAUAACGCUCCUGUUACUGAGAAUGGUUACAAUGAAGAGGAGAUGAAACUUGUCAAAGAGACAAGGAAGAUCUGGAAUGACACAGAAGUGAAAGUGACAGCGACGUGUAUACGUGUUCCGGUUAUGCGUGCUCAUGCAGAGAGUGUGAAUCUCCAGUUUGAGAAUCCCCUCGAUGAGAACACAGCAAGGGAGCUGUUGAAGAAAGCACCUGGAGUUUAUAUUAUAGACGACCGCUCAUCUAACACCUUCCCUACUCCACUUGAUGUCUCCAACAAAGACGAUGUCGCUGUUGGUAGGAUCAGGCGAGACGUCUCUCAAGAUGGCAAUUUCGGGCUGGACAUAUUUGUUUGUGGAGAUCAAAUACGCAAAGGAGCUGCUCUAAAUGCUGUUCAGAUCGCUGAAAUGCUUCUCUGA